AGAGAAGGUUCACAGGUUUACACACAGAGCAGACGGGACAGAGCUGGAGAGAGAGGAGCGCACCUUUAGCGCAGAAGCGGUCCAGGUUUCUAAUGCACAUGGUUGAGUUUGUGGACGUUUAUUUGACUCUGAGUGAACUUUCCGAUCAAUCCUAGAUGGAGUCAGAACUCGUGUAGUCGAUUAAAAAGCUUCUCCACACCCCCGCGUCAUCAGUAAAAUCACAGGAAGAUGCUCCUUCCUGCGCUCCUGACCGUCUGGACUCUGCUCAGGCUCGGGUUGGGUUGCCAGCUCCCCACUGAGUGGCGACCCCUGAGUGAGGGAUGUCGCGCAGAGCUCGCUGAGAUCAUCGUGUACGCCAAGGUGCUGGCUCUUUACCGGGAUCCGUACUACCCGCUAAGCGCGCGCUUCACCGCCGGCCACCCGUACGAGUACGAGCGCGCGGGGGCGGAGAGCGCGGACGCGCUGCUCUACACGGCGGAAGUGGAGAUGCUGUGUGAUCAGGCGUGGGGCAGCAUGCUGGAGGUGCCCGCGGGCUCGCGCCUCAACGUCACCGGCCUCGGAUACCUGUCCUGCCAGUCGCACACAGUGAUGGAGAACUACUCCUACAUCUUCUUCCUCAGGAUGGAUGAAAAUUAUAACCUUCUUCCCCACGGUGUUAACUACCAGGACGCCAUCUUCCCCGACACCCAGGAGAACAGACGCAUGUUCUCCAGCCUGUUCCAGUUCUCUAACUGUUCCAGUGAACACACACUUCACAGCUUUAUUUCAGACUGGGAGCAUGAGGAGGAUCACAGGUUGCUGUGCUCAUCCGUGCAGCAGGUGCUGUUUGAGGAGGAGGAGCGUGCAGCUCGUCUGCAGGAGCGCGUCACUGAACUGGAAAAGAAAAACCAGAAGCUAAAAGAUCGCGUCGGGAAGCUGAAGCGUUCUCUGCGUAAAGAACGUAAAACGAGCCGCCGUUACGAACGCGAGCUACAGGAGCUCCAACAUCGUCUGAGCACCAAGAACAAGAACUCUGAACAUCACCUCAACUCCAUCACUCCUCCACAUAGGCUUUCACGCCACAGAUACACACACACACUGUGAACACACACAUCAACAAGGCUUGGACUUGACACUGCUGGACAGUAUCUUCUUUUAAAGUUAAGUAGAAACUGUGCAAAAAUUUGCACACGCUUAGGAUGGUAUGAAGGCAAGGGAAUUUGUUCAUUCAUUCAUUCAUUCAUUCAUUCAUUCAUCUUCAGUAAGCACUGGUCAGGGUCGUGGUGGAUCCAGAGCUUUUAUCAGGAACACUGGGUGAGAAAUGGAAAUACAUCCUGGACAUGACACCAGUUCAUCACAGUACAACGUACACAAAUAUUUUUCUCAGUAUAUAAAUAACCAAGGAUAAUAUUUUGUCUCGUUUGCUAAAUUGGGUUUGUAACUGUUUAGGACUUCUGAUGAGGUUUUAGGUCAUAUUUAUGCAGAAAUAUAGAAAUUCUAAUGGGCCCACAAAUCUUCAAGCACCACUGUAUAAAAAUCAUGGGGUGAACAUCCAUCCAUCCAUCCAUCGUCUGUACCCCGCUUUAUUCCUAAUUAGGGUCAUGGGGAUCUGCUGGAGCCUGUCCCAGCACACACUGGGUGAAAGGCAGGGGAACACCCUGGACAGGUCACCAGUCCAUCACAGGGCCACAUAUAGACAAACACACAGACUCACUCCUACGGGCAAUUUAGAAUCACCAAUCAACCUAAUGUACAUGUUUUUGGACUGUAGGAGGAAACCGGAGUAAACCCAUGCAGGGGAGAACAUGCAAACUCCACACAGAAAGGCUCGAUUCGAACCCAGGACCUUCUUGCUGUGAGGCAACAGUGCUAACCACUAAGCCACCAUGCUAUGGGGCGAACAAUAAAAACAAACAAACAACCCUGAAUCUGUGAGCUUGCAGUAUGAACCACUUUUCAUUUUGUUUAUUACCACAAGAAAAACAGGUAAAUAGUUUACAUUAUAAUAUCAACCACGAAAAAACUGUUGUCUUGACAUAAACGAUCAUUUUGGAAUUUAUUUGAUUUACUGCACAUAUUUCUUCUAUCCAGAAACUGGGGGAUGCAAACUUUUGCUCUCAUUUGUGAAUAUCUUCAGCUUUCUUACUUUUCAUGCUCUCUCUUUUUUUUUUGUGAAUGUUUAUUUUAACCCUUAUAAAG